GCUCAAUCUGAGCAGCAACGCAACGCAGGCCGAGUUUGUGGAACGGUAGCCUCGUGCCACCGCCCAACUUACAAACCAGCGGACUCCUGCGACUCCCUCGAGGCCUUUGCUUGCGUCUGAGAAGCACUCUUUCAGCAGCAGUCCAGAGCAAGCCACAAUCUACGAAAAUGAUAUACGUGGCUGCAUUCGCGUCGUCCUCUGACCACUGUUCCGUGCCUUGAGUGCUUCGUCCCCAUUUCGCGGCGUUACUGCGCAAGAUGUACCAUCUAAUGCGUUCGUUGUAUCUGUACGCAACGAGUAAGCCAGAAUACUCCAUUAUCCUACUGGGCCUCGAUAACGCGGGCAAGACGACACUCCUUUCCCAGAUCAAGGCACUUUUCAACACGACCCUUGACCCAGAUGGCCAGACAGGCGAUGCCGCACCAUCAGAAACCGCCGGAAACACGGUACCCACGGUCGGCCAGAAUGUCGCGACGAUAGACCUUCCAGACAUGUAUCUUAAAAUCUGGGAUGUAGGAGGACAAAUGAGUCUACGAAGACUAUGGACCAGCUACUACAAGAGUGCCCACGCCAUUGUCUUUGUGGUGGAUAGCACAGAUCUGGGCAGCGGAGAACUGGACGACGCGCCAAAGACUCCGGGCUGGCAUACGCGGAAGAAGAGCUACUUUGAUAAGCCGGAGGAGGAUGAGGAACCUCAGACACCUUGGACACCGAUGAGCCCGAGCAUUCUGAUGUCGGGGCAAGCUCAAGGACGGCUGGACGAGUGCCGCGCCGUGCUGGAAAGUGUGCUCGGGAACGAAGAUACCGCUGGCAUUCCUAUCUUGGUGCUGGCAAACAAGCAGGAUCGCGAAGAUUGUCUUGAAGUCGUUAGGAUCAAGGAGGGGUUUGUAAGGAAAGUGUUCGAGGGCGAGAAGGGAGGAAUGGUGAGAGACAGUCGCGUCUUGCCUGUCAGCGCCCUGAGAGGGAGCGGUGUCAAGGAGGCUGUUGACUGGAUUAAGAGUCGAGUUGUGUGGAAUAAAGAAAGUCGGCCUCCAGUCAUGAGAUGAGAUCACGACAUCAUGCUAUAUUGGAAGGGAAACAGCUACGCAGAAAUGGAUUUCUACGGAGUCCAUGCUCUCAACAACAGUACAUUUGGGUCUACCAUGUCAGGAGCCUCCUCGCC